AUGCAAGUGCUUUGCCGCGCUUGCGCAUUGCUGGUGCUGGGGCUCCUUUGCGAGGCCCAAGAUGCCGCGCCCCAAAGCCAGGAGGCGAAGACUGACCUGGAUGACUUGGAUUUGGGCGACCUAGAUGCCGACGACGAGGACGAGGGCGAAGAAGCUGGAGGAGCCCCUGCCGAGGAUUUUGACAAGGACAUGCCAGAAGAGGACCGCUCCCUACGCAUGAAGGUGUGCUUGGGGGGUGCCAUGCAGAGGCUGCAUUCCAAUGCAGAAGCGGUCUCCAAGUUGGCUUCGCAGCUCGUCGAGCAGCAGCCAGGGAUGUCCAAAGACCAGGCCGGUGGGUUUCUCACGAGGCUCCUUUGGGUUUUCACUCGACGAAUGGCCCACUGGGCCCGCCAUGGCCUGGCGCUGGCGCUGCUGGCUUUGGGCUUUCGUCUGGCCGUGGUGCCGCCGCUAGCGCCGCGGCGCCUGGCGCUGCUGGCGCCAGCGCUGGCUGCGGGGCCGGGGCCCGCGGCGGCGGAGGUGGCCAUCAGCCCACGACAGGCAGGCAAUGAGCCACGCCGGGAAAAGUAUAAGCAGUUCGCGAAGGCCAAUGCCUUCGGCAUGGCAGAGUACGAGAGGGCGGUGGCCCAAAAAAAGCGCCAGCUGUUCGGCAGACUCUUCCAGUCCCUGCCGACAGGCGCUGUGGUGGUGGAAGUUGGCAUCGGCAGCUUCCCCAACGCCAAGUACUUGAGCUCAAAGGAUGCCCCUUCAGGCAUGGACAUUGUGGGGGUGGACCCCAACGAGUACAUGAAGCCAUACGCGCUGGACAACGCAAAGAGGGCCAACCUCUUGGUCCCCGAGCGCGGGAACCGCCUGCGGCUGGUGCAAGGCGUAGCAGAGGCGCUGCCACUGGAGGAUGCAGCGGCGGACGCGGCGGCUAUGCAAAAAGCAUUAGCAUAGAUCAAAGUGGAAGUGGACUCGGGCUCGUGUCCGUUCAAAAUUAUGUUUGAUGCAUGCACGUUUGCAUUUUCUGUUUGUUGAGA